AUGGCUCGGGCGCGAGGCGAUCUGAAAUUUGACUCUUCCACUUGCCACUACAUUACUUCGGCAUUGGAAGAAAUUCCUGACGCGCCAUCACGGAUUUUUGAACCAGGUCACUACACGCGCUUACGUUUCAACCGAGUUCAGUGGAAGAUAUGGGCUUUAUCGGACACGAAUCGAGAUGGUAUGCUUGAUGUUAGAGAAUUCUCAAUAGCUAUGCGAUUGACACGGAAUUGCCUCGCUGGUCUUCCAUUACCUUCCACUCUACCUCCAUCUCUGAUGCAAGUGCCAGUCGGAAGUGGUCCACCACAAGUACAGCCGCAUAUGAAUGCAAUGCCACAUCCGAAUGCAAUAUGGGCUUUAUCGGACACGAAUCGAGAUGGUAUGCUUGAUGUUAGUGAAAUUCUCAUAGCUAUGGCGAUUGACACGGAAUUGCCUCGCUGGUCUUCCAUUACCUUCCACUCUACCUCCAUCUCUGAUGCAAGUGCCAGUCGGAAGUGGUCCACCACAAGUACAGCCGCAUAUGAAUGCAAUGCCACAUCCGAAUGCAGUAUAUACUCCAGGAUGAAUGCCGCCAAUCCGUGGGAAGUGUCGGUGGCCGAAUAUCAAGCAAACAGUGUUCAGUUUGCUUCAUUAUAUCCUCAAAACGGCCGUAUUGACGGGAACACAGCACGGAAUGUUUUAAUGAAGAGCAAUUUGCCACCACAACUAUUAGCACAGAUGGUGCAAUUGUUGUUCUAA